AUGACCGACAAGCUGCCGUCACUGCUGACGCCAAUCGCGCCUCCUAGUCGGACUCCAUUCUCCGUCUCUUCUGCCGUCCCUGUCCAAGAUGGUACACGAGCGCAGGAGAAUGCUGAGGAAGAGCCGUACACCAUCAGGUGUAUCUGCAAAUACCCCGACGAUGACGGAAACACGAUCUACUGCGACCGAUGCGAUACGUGGCAGCACAUAGAAUGCUACUAUCCAAACAACUCUGAGGAUGCUCUCCGCAAUCCAGACUUUGCACACUUCUGUGUCGAUUGCAAGCCAAGGCCCUUGGAUCGAGAACGAGCCAAAGAGAACCAGAGGCGCAAGCUUACUACAGGUGUCACUGAAGGAAUGACAGACAAGAAGAGCAAGCGUCCUCUCUCAAAGAGCCACAAGAAGAAACCGAAACCGAGCGACCUGCCCUUGACUGGUCAGCACUCUAAAGCCGAAAAGCAUGCCAGCACCCAGGACAAUCAUCCGCCUCCACCAAAGAAAUCGAAAAGCUCGCACAAGUCCAGUCAAUCGAUUAGCUCACAAGCUGCGAAAGGCAGUCCACAAUUCGGCAGCACCAAGUCCAACCAUGCUCACCCUCCUAGUCCUGCGGCGACGCCACCUGACUUGCCUGCCGACUUUGAGAUACAUACCUAUGCCCCUGCGUUGCUAUCCGGCUCCAGCGACCGAGGCGUCGAGAUUGUGCACACCAAUAGUUUCGCCAGCCUCCAGGUGUCGAACGCCAUCUCGGAUUGGCUACGAGACCACAACAAACUCCAGAAAGAGACGGGCUGGGCCUACGCUGAUAUUUUCCAACCUCUACCCCCAAACAUUGAUCAGCUGAAAAGGCCAGUGGAUAUUGAGCUUUCACGCAAGACCCUCGGUCAAGGCACCGUCGCUUCAUGGAAAUGCCUCAAAGCGCCAUCGGGUAUUGCUCAUAACGUCCCUCUUGUGGAACUGAAUGGGCAGAUCGGUAUUCAGAGCAGUUAUUGCGCAGAUCCCGAUAGCCGCUGGCAAGAGCUGACCUCCCCGCUUCCUUAUGUCUUCUUCCAUCCCAUGCUGCCCAUUUACAUCGACACCAGGAAAGAAGGAUCCCAAGCUCGCUAUAUCCGACGAAGCUGCAGGCCUAAUGCCAUGCUCGAAACGUAUCUUUCGGACGGCUAUGAGCUUCACUUCUGGCUUGUAACAGACAGGCAGGUCUCAGCUAAGGAAGAGAUCACACUGCCCUGGGACUUCCGGUUCCCCAAUGAGAACAAGUCACGGAUGCUCCGGGUUUUGGGGCUCAGCGACGAAGACACUUCUGCCCACGCCGAGUCUUCUGUUGACGAUGGGGAAUAUCAGGCACUUACAAGCUGGCUGCAUAACAUCCUCUCCGAAUAUGGAGGCUGUGCGUGCAACCUUGGAUCGGAAUGUGCAUUUGCUCGGUUCCAUCGGAAUCAUCUGGGCAAAUCACAGGCGCCAGCAAACCCACCAAAGACCAAGAAGCGAAAAAGCAAAACGCAAAGUUUGUCCGCCACCGGCACAGGACCAGCAACCGACAGUCGAGCAGCUAGUGAAGGCCACCUUGAGGAUGCUCCCGAGAAUGAUCGCCGAUCAUCAGUGUCUGGCUCAGCACGGAGCAAGCCUCCAAGCCGAGACCUCACCCCCACGGCCCGCCAGGGAUCAUUCGACACUCUUGGGAUAUUGACAGAGCCGACCGAUCGGGACAAGCGUAAAGUUUCCAUGAUCGAAGAGACCUUCCGCCGGAUAGAAUUGCAACAACCCACAAAAAAGCGGAAAGCACGCGGCUCUAUUGCGGCUACUGAUUCGGCUACUACCUCCAAGAAAGGUAGCAAAAGCAGCGCUGCAACCCAGACGACAAAUGCGACGAAUGGAGCCGACGAGCGCCACUGCCACUUUGCUGAUGGUGAAACAGCAACUACCAGCAAAGCAACAUCGCCAGCAGCAAGUGCGAAAUCUGGUCGAGUCACUAAAUCGAAGAAAACCAGUUCUAGGAAAGGAUCUGUUGCCGUCGUUUCUCAUCCUGUUCCUGCGCAGCCAGUCCGUUUGCCGUCUCGCCCAAAAUAUGCCGACGCUGCUACUCAAACAAACCCCGACACCGAGGCCAACCCCGCACCCUCGCCGGCGCGGCCGAAGAGGAAGUUAGUUUCGGUGACGAUGCGCAUCGUGCAGCAUCAUCGUUGGCUGCAAGAGCAGCGUCGCCAGCAACGAUUGCUUAAUCAGGCGGCUGCUCCUGUCCCAAUGGAGGUGGACAGUCCAAAGGAAAACAAGACUGCAGCCCCAGUUCUUGGUUCGGUUCAGGAUAAAGCUUCGGAACCCAGUGCACCAGCCAAGGCGGCCACAAGUGAUGUCGAAAUGCCCGACGCGCCCACCGUAUCAGCGAGUCAUCCGAAGGCCGCUCAGAGUUCUUCUGUCGUCACUGCUCCAAAGAGCAAACCCGUGGAUCUGAAGGUUCCAAUGCCACCUGUUCCGCCCUUUCCAAGCUCAACCUCUUUGGCCUCGACCUCCGCCACUCCUUUAUCUGCAGGGACCUCGGUGGCUCAGUCACCAUUUUCCGUUACUGGCCUGCCAAGUCCCUUCGGGCCGCCGUCUGUCAACGGUCUGACUGCGAACCCAAGCCCAAUAAAGAAGAAGUUGAGCUUGAGUGACUAUACCAAAAGCAGGAUGAACAAGGCUGCGGCAGCUCGCCCAUCGGUUAGCGCGCCCUCUCUGAAGCCCAUUCCUGCUUUGGACGAGCCAAAGUCGACCACUAAUGACGACAACGGUGGAGCUGCCUCAGGCUCCCCAACCACGGAGAAGACUAGGGUCUUCCCGUGUAUGGAUUAA